AUGGCGGGUCGAAGCCCAUGCAAUUUGGGCAACGUUAAAUCUCUGAUCCGAUCCAUGAAUGACUCACUCACUGACACUGCAGGAGCCAUGGAUAUCACCGAGGAACAUAACAAGAAGAGAGAAAACAAAGAGAAGCAGAGGUCGAGAAACAGAGUCAGCCUCUCAGCCAGCUUGCCUGAUGAUGUUUGUGGUGUUUUUGCAGGUAGUGCAUGCUUGGUCAAGUACAGCACAGACCCAAUUUUUGACAUGAGGGAAUCAAUACUAGAGAUGAUCCGGUACGAGGGUGUUUGUGAUUGGAAUGAUAUGAAAGAGUUAGUUUACUGUUAUGUUGCUCUUAACCCACCAGAGGUUCAUGAAAUUGUUAGGGAAGCUUUUCUCAGUUUAUGUUCUAAUUAA